ACCUGCAACAAUGGGAAAUAGGAGGCGACCUUCAGCAACGAACACCACAACGGAAAAACCUGACCCGGAUAAAACCAAUCCCGAACCCGCAAAGCCAAACCCUCCUAUCUGGCCUGCAAAAAUCCACACAAUCCUCAAAUUCUUUUCUAUUUUCGCAAUCCCGUAUUUUUACUUGCUCUUCUCUCACUACAAAAUCGAGUAUGAACUGAAAAAAUCGAUUUUGAUCAAUGCAUUCGUCAGCUUUUUUGGGUUUUUUAUUACAGUUUCUAUGAUUCCUGUGGCGUCGAAGUACGUGCUGAGGAGAAAUAUGUUUGGAUUCGAUAUUAACAAGAAAGGUACCCCUGAGGGAUCCAUUAAAGUGCCUGAAUCAUUAGGCAUUGUUGUAGGGACAGUAUUUCUAGUCGUGGCGAUAUUGUUUCAAUAUUUUAACUUCACAGCAGAUUCAAAUUGGUUAGUUGAAUACAAUGCUGCACUAGCAUCAAUCUGCUUCAUGAUUCUGCUUGGAUUUGUUGAUGAUGUCCUUGAUGUGCCUUGGAGAGUGAAACUAGUGUUGCCAUCUAUAGCAGCUCUUCCAUUGUUAAUGGCCUAUGCUGGGCACACAACUAUCAGUAUUCCAAAGCCUCUUGUUCCAUACAUUGGAUUAGACAUUCUAGAUUUAGGAUGGAUAUAUAAACUCUACAUGGGACUCUUGGCUGUGUUUUGCACAAAUUCAAUCAAUAUUCAUGCUGGCAUCAACGGCCUUGAAGUUGGGCAAACAGUUAUUAUUGCUUGUGCUAUUUUGAUACAUAAUGUCAUGCAAAUUGGGGCAUCAAAUGAUCCUGAAUACAAACAAGCACAUGCAUUCUCCAUUUACCUUGUUCAACCCUUGCUCGCCACUUCUUUAGCUUUACUUUCUUACAAUUGGUAUCCUUCAUCUGUUUUUGUUGGUGACACGUACACAUACUUUGCUGGAAUGACUAUGGCAGUAGUCGGUAUUUUAGGCCAUUAUAGUGAGACACUUAUGAUAUUCUUCCUUCCUCAAAUUUUGAACUUCUUGCUCUCACUUCCUCAGCUAGCUGGUAUUAUACCUUGUCCACGGCAUCGACUGCCGAGGUUCGAUCCUCAGACUGGCCUGCUUACAGGGACAAAUGAUGGGACUCUCGUUAACUUAUUUUUAAGACAAUUUGGUCGGAAGUCAGAGAAAACACUCUGCAUUCUAUUGCUAAUUUUCCAGGCCAUUUGUUGCGGAUUCUGUUUUUUUCUACGGUGGAUCCUCACGGGUUGGUACAAAUGAAGGAUCAAGUGUUAGUGUCGAUGUUGGAGAAAAGUUGCUGAUGUGUCAGCGUGCAAGGGUGUUGUCUGAUAAACUCGUCUACUCUAGGAGUAGGUUAACAUUAACCAAGUAUUGAGUUUUCGUUGAUGGAGACACGAAUAGAAGUAGCGUUGAGUUGAGUUGAUUCUGUGCAUUCAGAAUGAUAGUAGAUUUUGUCAAUUAUUCAUACUAUUAUUGCAUAAUUUCUUCUUUUGUAUUGAUUUUC